UUCAGAAUAGAAUCAGGACUAGUAAAAAUUGGAGGAUCGUUAGAUGUUAUUUUGGUGUUAGAUACUUCUGAACGUAUGGCAGGAUAUUUUCGAAAAAUGAAAUCGACCGUAAUCCAGUAUGUUAAGGGCAUCAAACAACAAUUUGAACGCACAAAUAUUGAUAAUGGAAUCGGUAUCGCUGUCUUCGGAAGACAAACAGGCUUAUUCAAGAGGCAACUAAUGACUAUGACUUGAUUUUAGAAUUGUUAGGUAAAUUAAAGCCAGAAGGGGAUGCACACAUCAUUGGAGGACUUCUGAUGGGGUUGGCUGGGGUUGUAUCAUGUGGUGUAGGUUACAUGCAAGAUACAGCUUUACAGCCGCAUAUAAUUGUUUUCACGAAUGGAUCUUCAGACCAAAACAUGCCAUCGGUAGAUUUGGAUGACGAUCUUGUGGUGACAUUUGGAAACUUACCAGUAAAACCUGACGUGAAUGGUGUAAUGAAUAUGAUAGCGUGUACAACUACUAAGAUAUUCUAUGUACCUGUUGGAGGAAAUUAUCAUAACAUUACUUUGGAAAAGGCUGUUAAGACGACGAAUGGAAAAAUUAUACCAGAUGAUGAAAUAAUUCGAUUGACUCUGAUGUCAAAAGUUCUGAAAAUAGCAAUGGACAUAGCAUCAGAAAUAAGAUAUACCAAUAAUCACAGCAGAGAAGUUAUCAGAAGAUUGUUAGCGGACAAACAUAAUUUCAGUGAUAGAUAUGAUGACUGUCUCGAUAUGGUGCCUGAUUUUAUUAACCCUUUAAGGUAUGCAAACAAGCAAGGAAAAUAUAUGGAACUAAAGUGUAAUACACUAAAACUAGGAGAUAGAGUAAGACGUCGUCCUGAUUGCAUUUGUAGUGAUCAAGAUUUAGAUCUUCCAGGGACUGUCAUUGGACAAGAUCGUUGUGACAGUAUAUGGAUAGAAUGGGAUAAUGGGCAACGACUAGGAUAUGUGUUUGAUGAAUGUACAAAUAUAUAUCAGAUAAUAAAAGUGAAUGAAGCCAGAAUACUAGUUAAUGAGAUGAUAGCAGUCGGUUGUAGGGUUGUGAGAGGUCCCGAUUGGAGGUAUGGAUAUUUUGACGGAGGUAAGGGUUCAUUGGGAACUGUACUUGAAGUGAAAGAUAAAAGCAAAGUGGUGGUCAGAUGGGACGGAACAAAUACAGGCGUUUUCAAAAUUGGAUAUGAUGGACUUUUUGAAGUGGUAUUGUUCGAUGAUUUUGUAAAUAAUGAGAACUCAAGACGAUACAUAAAGCCAAGUAAACAUUGCUUUGCAAGACAACAGGAGCAUCACAAUUUGGGCACAAGAAGUGAUGAACCAUUGGACUGUGUAGUUACAUAUUCGGACAUAUUCGGUAAAAAUAGUGAAUUAAAUGAUUAA